GCUACGGAGGGUUUGAUCUCUUAAGCAACUGUAAGGUGAACGUAUCCGAACCGCCCGAGAUCAUUAGCACAACUGGAGGUGGCGUUUGCAAUCCAAAGAUGAAAGCGUGUGAGGCGUUACGAUACACGACCAAGCAUGGAUGCAGUGUGGAAAGUGUGUGCAAAGUGACGGCAAAAGAAUUUUACCAAAGUGGAAACAAAGUAACCCAUGAGACCACCUACGUUGCGGCAAUUUGCGACAAUGGCUGGGAUGCAUAUUGCCCCAUUCCUUUCAACAGUCGGCGUAAGAGAUCUGUCGAUCCAUUGCUGGUAGUAGAGUACGAAACAGCGAUAAGCAACAACAACAUCAGCUUCAGUAUAAGUACACCUGUGGCUGUUCUUGACUCAACGUGUCUUUUGUUCCACUCCUCCACCGAGGUUAUUACUAUUGACCCCCAGUAUUGCCUGAUUGCUGGUACAUGUGUUCUCUCUGGAGAGAGGGAUCCUGGUAAUGCGUGUAGCUAUUGUAGCCCAGACAAGGACACGUAUGCAUGGCAAACUGACGGUUGUGAGGAGCCAACGUCAAACAAGACGCCUGUGAUAAUUGGCGUAGCUGUAGCAGUUCCUUUGGCAGUGAUUCUGUUUGUGACAGUGGCUAUAAUUCUGUACAAGAAACAUAAAUCCAACAAAAUCAGAACCGAAUCAAGUCUGUAUGACAAUGUCAUGAGGUGCCACUUCAAGUACCCGACUCUACUUGUAGAAAAACCUUGCUACGAGAUGCCGUCUUCUCCAAACGAAACCACAUCGGAAUAAAGAGACAGAAGAAAACCGCGUACUUACCUUUUACUAUUUGUUAUGUUUAUUGUGCACAGAACGAAUAGAAAUUAUUGCAAAAGGCGGACUUGGUGGCCUUUCAAAGAUCUGUAAAAGUCCAUUACUUUAAUUUUACAUUUUUAAUUGUAUUGUGCAUGAACGAAUGAAACUAGAACAUAGUAUACGUAUAGUGUAAUCUAUAAAAAUAGAA